AUGGCACUCUCCUCCUCCACCUCUUCCAUCUCUACUGACACCCCUUCCUCCACUUCGACAGCAACACACCCUGCAACAACAUCUUCUCAUACUUCACCUGAACAACAACAAGGACAACAGCAACUACAACAACAACAGCAACACACACCCACAGCCACCGAAACCAACAAUAGCCAGGGUGGAAGCGAUCUGUUUCAACAGUCGUGGAAGAGCGAGUCCUUCAUGGGUCUCUUGAACUUGCUCCAUUCGCAACCACCUGUGAGCGCCGCACAGACCACCGUCACCAAUAAUCACAUCAUAACAUCGGACAGCACACGUCCCUGGACGGCACUCGAUAACAGUGGUGGAGCGGAUUGGGAGAACGAGCAGUUGCGGUCGCUUUUGAACUUAUCGGAUGCGGAUAUGGAUCUCUUUCAGGGUAACCGUGGCGGUGGUAGGCUUCUUGUUGAUGAGACGGCUCCUCUUGGUCAACAAGCGCUCCAUUUGAGUCCUUCGAUGACAGUCGGUCAAAUGAUGCAGCAGCAAGGGGUUUUGAAUGCUCAACAGCUGUACCAGCAGCAACUUCUCCUCUAUCAGCAACAACUACAACAGCAGCGUCGUAAGAGCUCUCUUGACGGUACUACCACUACCACAACCUCUCGUCGCCACAGCAGCACUCCCCUUACUAACCCACGCCACGCGACAUGUAUGACGCCCUCCAUCCCACCGGCCGAGAUCAAAAGACCCGAUACCAAGGAAAUGUUCGUCCACCCGGGGUUCUACUCCCUCUCCUGUCCCCCCCAACAAUCUCAGUGGCCUUCAUCUCAACAGCAGCAAGGGGCACCGGUGAAGAUGGGUAUGAAGCGGUCUUUUCAGGAGGAUGACUCUUGCCCUACUACCAACAGCACUUUCAGCUCGUCGCCAUCCCCCUUGUCGUCACAUCGUCACCAUCACCAUGAGGCUAUGAUGCAAGGUAUGGAUCUACGCCGCCAUUCCGUCGAUGGGUACCACGUUGCUGCCAAGGCAGCCGCUUCUGCUGCUGCUGCCAGUUCUAAAGGCGGCUCGGCAUUACCAGCGCGUCCACGCGCCGCAUGGGCAUACUCGACACCACCCAAAACACCCCCCACGUCCAUGUUCCAACCCCACACAAGGGCCUCGACAGUCGAUUACUCGCAAGUCCCGCUUGGACAGCCUUACAUGGCGAAUAACACACACGUCGUCGCGUCUCCUCUCAUAAACCAUCACCAUCAUUAUGGGACUGGUAGUCCGGCCUCGUCGCCCUUUCAACCUGCUACCCAUUUUGUUCGGUCACACUCCUCACCCGCUGGAACGAAGCUCUCUUCCGCCGCUUCUGCGUUCACCAAAAACUCUCCUAUUUCCACAACCGACACCAGCGGAAGUAACAGUAAUUCAGGUACACCCAGGAAGCGUCGCGCUUCAAAGUUCCGAAUGGACUCUACUUUACCCCACACCAACGCGUCAGCAGGGAUGAUCCCGUUUGAUCCAACAGCGCUGCUGUCACAUUUUGGGCUUGCCAACACUCUCCCCCCACCUUUACAGCAACAGCAUCCUUCGACCACCACUCAAGGUUUUCAACAACCUCAGUCAGAGCAUGCGGUCUUGUUCCAGCAGCAGCAGCAACAGCAGCUCCAGGCUGCAAUACGCCAACAACAGCAUCAGCAGUUUGCGGCCGCCGCCGCGGCGGCUAUCGGUGCCGCUGGCGGUGUUUGUAACCGUAGUGGGUCAAACUCUAUCGCCGGCCAGCAGAACGCACACGCCUUCUUGAUGCAACACCUCAUCUCCGACCCCCGUCUCUCCGCCGCAGGCCUCUCCGCCGCAAGCCUCCCCACCUCCACCAAACAACAGCACUCAACCACGGCAACAGCCAACCGGAGGAACCCCGGCGAAGUCCCUUCGAGCACCCUGCCACCAGAUCACUUCAUCUUCCAAGAGGCGUCACUUCUGAACCGGAACCGGCAACAGGCUGCUCAACAACACCAUGCGCAGCAGCAGCAGCAGGCGAAACAAGCUCUGCAAGCGAAGCAGCUCGCUCAGCAGCAGGGUGGUGGUGGUGGGUGUACGCGGUCGAAUUCUAUCUCGACUACUACGACGGGUGUGGAUGUGGUGAGUGGUAAGGCGGCGAUGUCGAGACGUCGUUCGGAGCCUGUGAACCUCUAUCAACAGCACCACAAACAUCAACAACUUCGUCUCCACCAAGCACAACAGCCACAGUCUCAGCAAUACCAACACCAACACCAGCACCAGCACCAGCAGCAGCACCAGCAGCAGCAGCAGCAGCAGCAAUAUCACCUUCAGCAACAACAACGGCAUCUCACAACAGUCAAAGAAGUCAACUUGCCUCACGCGUCUCCUACCCCCACAAGCUCCUCAUCUUCUGCGUAUGAGUCGGCGAUCCCUUGUGGCACCAUCGCUCCUUUGACGACUAAGGCCAUCAUGACCACUGCCGCGGAGGAUGUCAGUGUAGGCGGCGUUGACGAUGCGGAGAAGAAGAAGAAGAACAAAGCCUCCCAGCCAGAGGUUGAGUUCGACAUAUCCUCGAUCGCGAUCGCCGCAGAAGCCGUCGAAGCCACCACACUAAUCAUUGAGUCGAUGCCAGAUCAAGAGGUUGCGGCGGCGGCGGCAGCGGCGACCAUCGACACCGAAACCGAGAUGUCUCUUAUGUCCACAGCUGACCAUGUCCUCGAGUUCGAGCCCGCACAGCAAGUCGCCAAGUUGAUCACAGCAAAGCCAGAGCACCAAGUCGUUGAACAGUCGAUCGAGCAGGACGAACAGCGUGAAGAAGGUGAGCGGGAGGAAAAGAAGGAAGAAGGGGAGGAGGAACCACUAACAGCAGCAGAGGCGUUCGCAAAGAGCCUGACAGCCGUCACCACAACCAUGGACCCGGCAGCGACACAGCUGAUGGACCAACUGCGGCUCCAGGAGUACCUCUGCGUCUCUGUCUCCUCAAUUUCCCUCCCCACCGGUACUCCUUCAACAACAAUGCAUGGAUGCAAGAAUUAA